AUGAAAAUGGCUUCGGUUAACUCUUCGAAGUCCCAUCGACUCUUGGAUUUUCUCCCUUCAAUUAGGCCAUCUUUUCUUUCGGUGGUGCUACUUUUUGCUUGUGGAUGUCUCUGGAUGAAGAAUGAAACAACCAACGGGCGACUCACCGCGCUGGAAACUCGCAUCAACAUGUUCCCACUGGAAGUUCUUGUUAAGAAUGGCCGUUCAACGGAAAACAGUGUUAACAGAACGACGAUAAAGCCAAAAGAAGAAUCUGCGAGACAUCUCUUACGAAAAAUUCAGAGAGAAAUGAAGUUCGACGAUACUUCAGGUUAGGAUCAAGACAGUACAAAAACAUUUACAGUCCCCCAAUUUUUUUAAGCUCAGCUUAUUGGUGGGGAAAUAUUUCCUUAUUUCUUGAAAUUUUCUGCUUCCUGGAACCAGAAAUUUCGUAUAUGUUCUUUUAUGAUGUGACUGUUGACAACAGUUUUUCAGACUGAGGGGGGACGGGCAAGGCAUAAUAACAUUAUUCCGUAGUAGGUUCACCUUAACAGUUAAAAUCUGUCCUAUUUCACAUUUUAGAGUUUUACAGGUUACACACUAAUCGUGAGACUCGAAGGACCCAAAAACUUUUUGUUCAUUUUUGUUAUAAAUACCCUCCACUACUCAAACAAUACCUAAACAAUACGUCGACUAGUGAUAGCUCGAACCUUCAGGGGAAAUCGAAAAAAGUUCGAGUUACCGGAAGCUGGAAGAAAAUAGCCGGAAGUAAGGUAAAAACAGUUGUACCGUACAGUGAACAUUUUAAUCACAUUUUAUGUUAAGUGAAAAUUGAAAGAUACUUUUAGGCUAUAAAUCAGAACGUAACGUAACAAAACAUAGCCUAAACAUAGAGCAUGCGUUUACUGUUUUGAGAAGUAAAGCUGAUUCACGUUAGAUUUGUGACAAAGAGCAUCAGCCUCCACUGUCUACAACACGUCAGUGGGACUUCAAAACUCAAUGUUUCGGAAGCCAGUACACUGUUUUUUCCCUACUUUUUAAUCGCUAAAAACAUGGUUUGAGUUAUCGAGGGUAAAAUUACAUAGAAAUGAUCUGAGGGGAAACAAAAAUCGAGUUAGCGGGAGAUUCGAGUUAUCGAAGUUUCGGGUUACCGAGGGUAAAAUUACAGUAAAUGAAUGAAGGAAAUCCAGGGGAAAUCGAUUUUGGUUCGAGUUAAUUAUCCGGAGUCGACGUAUCGUUAAGUACUUCCAUUCUAUGAUACAAUGUUUCACUUUUGCCGUUGUAAAAGGAUGGCCGCAACGGAAAUUAAAUUCAGGUGAUUGCACCUUUAAAAGGUUGGGCCAAUCGUUUCAAGAUAAAAGUUUCUGUUUUCGAAAAUUUAUAAAUUUAUAUUCAUAACUGAUCAUGCGAUGAUAAAGGAAAAAGGGGUACAUGUUAAUUUUUAUAGUUUUAAUUUCCGCAUACUUUGAACUAGAAAUGUGGAAGUUACAAAAAGAGUCUGUGAAUGCGGAAUUAAAUUCCAUGUAUAGAAGGUCCUAUCCCACACGGUAGUUGAAAGCUGAUACAAUCACAGUCACACUCACAGUCACAGAUAUAUAUUGUGUAAAUAUAAUCAAAAAACAGUUUUAUUGGCGAGCUGUAUAGAAGAGCUUUAGCUUGGCUAACCAGGACCUCAAAAGGGCAGUAAAAUGCUUUUGAUACCGUGGGGUUGUCAAUAUAAAGUGUUUUAAUUGUACUUUAAGAAAGCCGAGAAACCUCAAAGGGAUAAACAAUGAAACAACACGAAGAAUGGCAACUCAAAACAAGCUACGCUUAAACUUAGCAGCUGUGUUUUUCCUAAAAUAAAUUUCCGCUUUAAAAUCCGUAAAAAUUCAUUCAACAAAAUGCGAAACAAAUCACCACAAACAUUGUUUUUCCUAAGGAGCCCUCGUCAAUUUUUGUAUCCGGGGACUUUUAUGUAAAACUGUCAAUCAUGAACGUUAAUAGCCUGCGUGGCAGGCGUUUGAAAAGGAAAGGAAAGUGGCUUUUGGGCGCGAGAGAAUGCCACACAGGCUAGAACAUUAAGCGCGAACUUAACUUCUCGUGUUAUUUUGCACUCUAGUUAAAUGGGAAAUAAAAAUUAUAUAUACCCCGAAAAAGCUGUUUUCAACAAACCCACUGAAGCAAACCUUCUAAAGCUAGUGUUGGCCAUAUCAGUAACCAAAGUAACAGAGUCAAGAUAAGCAAAUAAAAAUUAAAGGGGUUUUUACAUGAGAACUUCAAUGCACAAUAUCAAAUACGUUUCAGUCCUAAAAUUGAUUUUGCCUUGGUCUUAGAUGAGUCUGCAACAUCAAGAACAAGCGCAAAGUCAAGAAACCGGAGACAGGUUUCGAACUUGACUUCAGCAACCAUCAGUAUGCAUGACGUGCGUCAAGAAAUCACCAAACAGUUUAAACAACUUAUGCCCUCCAAGUACUGUAAGUCACAAGAGAGGGUAUGCCCUGCAGGUCCCCCCGGACUUCCUGGUCCCAUUGGUGCACAAGGACCACGUGGCAGGAGGGGACCUAGGGGAAAGAAAGGACCACCUGGAAAAUCAGGAAUGGCUGGACUUCCAGGAUCUAGGGGAGAAAAGGGUGACAAAGGCGAACCAGGAAUUCCAGGACCACCUGGGAGGCCUGGAGAAUCGAUAUCUGCUCCACAAGUGAUGGUAUCGCCUGCAAAUCACACUAGAGAUGAAGGAAGAAAUACUGCGAUUUAUUGUACGGUUGGAGGAAACCCUACUCCUACUGUUGAGUGGCGAUUCAAGGGCAUAAAGCUUCUGUCAGGAGCAAAGUAUUUGGUUAAAAAGGCAGAACUGAUCAUCAGGAAUCUGAAUUACAGCGAUGCUGGGCAGUACAAAUGUGCGGCAAGAAACAUUCUUGGAUCGUCUGAGGCGUCUGGUAAUUUGAAGGUUCGAGGUAAGAAGAACAAUAAGCUUUACUACUUUGAAAAUUGAAAACCCUAGGGUUUUCAAUUUUCAAAGUAGUAAAGCUUAUUGUUCUUCUUCCUUUUGCAAGGCCGCUGAUGGGCCAUCAGAAUUCUUUCUUACCAAAGUCAGGGGUGGGCCAUGUUUCCUGGCUGAUUGCUUAUCUUAUUAAACAUGUUUUGCAAUAGGGUCCUGUUACAUUGCUAUUGAGGGAGCAUGAAGUCCAGGAGGGCGACUACCACCAUAAAAAGGGUGAUGGUGUAUGUUAAAAGGGUGCGUGACAAUCGUAAGCAACGGCUAGAAUUAAACUCUCGUAGGAGAUCCAUCAGAACGUAGUUCAAGCUUUAUUUGUAAAGUCAGAUAGAGCUAGAUAGUGAAAUAAGUGAUGUUAGGAAUAUUUCUUGCCGACUCGCUAAUCUUACCAUUUUUCCUCAGGAACCGAUUUAUCAGCUCCUUGUUUUCAAUACUUUUGAUUAAUGCAGUCUAUCAUUUAUUAGUGAACAAAAAUAAGGGGGAGGGAAUGGGGGGGCUUAUUGACUUUCCUGCCCUGAAAAGGGGGAGGGGACUUAUUAGAGAGGGGGGGCUUCACAGAGGAUUUACGGUAUUUGUUCAAACAUCACCCUAAGUUAAACCCUGAAUACAUAAAAAUUUUGACGUUUCGUACCAAACACACUGGAUGAUACCAGAAUCUUCAAUUUAUCUACCCAAACGAAACGACGAGUAUCCCCACCCCCUUUAUAUGGAAUUUUAGUUCAACUUGUCAGACUCGUGCGAGUCGUGAAACUAUUGAGCUGGCAUAUAUCACACCAUUAUUCGCACGAGUUGCACCACUUGAAUGUUAUAUAUGUUCACGUCUAACACAUGUGGUGUCUACUGGACGCGGUAAAACUCACAUAGAUAUUUCUUUAAGUGAAUGCCGCCCAUUCUGUGUAGUUUGGAAUACUGGUAAAAACUAUAGCUUUUGCAAGCCACAUCAUAUUGAUUAUUCGUCUCUUAGGUCUUCCGAUCUUUACCAAAAAACCCUCAUCACUGGUCUCAAAAAUGGAAUUCUCUCAAAUACAAGAAACUUGCCAGGCAGAAGGGUAUCCACCUCCCAAGUUGACCUGGAUCAGACUAGUUUCCCCUUUACCUGUUGGAAAGACCGACGUAAAGGAAGGUAGACUCACCAUUAGGAAUUUAAGACCAGUGGACAGCGGUUUGUACCAAUGCGUGAUAACGAACAGCAUGGGAUCAAAAAAGGCCACCAUGAACUUGUUUGUGCAAAAAGGACCAGGUUUGUAUAUAGCACGUUACGCCGACCUCAUAUGUCAUGAUAAAACAUUUUACGGAAAGAUUAGCACUUCACCAUGUUUAGACAAAUUAGACUUAAACGUCUACGCUUGCAAAACUGAAAUUUUUUGAUGUAUUCAAAAGACUAAGAUGCCCCUAAAUUUGCUAUUGAGUCUCCAGGUGUACAACUGCAGUUGCAGGUGUGUAGGUGCAGUAUCCGAUGACGUCAUUUUGACCUGCAGGUGCAGGUGUAUAUAGUUUCCAAUGAAGUCAUUUGUGUCUCACACCUACAUACCUGGAGAAACUAAACCCUCACUCUAAAAGGUAUGCAGGAUGGCGUAAGUAGAUUUCACAAGUUUUUGUGCUAAAACGCUCGGUCAUUUGGUUCAGAGUCGUAUCUCGAGAGAGGAGAACACUACUGAGUAAUGACCCGAUUUUCAAGGUUUUCUCGUUAUCUACUUAGCAUUGUAAACGAGUUAACGCUUACCCUUCACUCUCUUUCCGCUCCGUUUCUGACGCCUCAAAAUGUGUGUUAUUAGAGAGCUUUUGAUUCGAGGACGGGGACGACAUUACUUUUAAGUUUUCUCGCCCAUUCUCUAGAAAAUAACACCCCGAGAAGCCUCAUAUUGUACUUUUUUCACCACAAAAGUUAGUUCAUUUAUUUUCGUUGAAGGUAAAUCCCUCUCCCGAUUACGAUAAAUGAUAAAAUUUCUAACAUUUGAUAACUUGCUUUGGCCACUAAGAAGUUCCCGCUAAAACUCGUAGUAGAAUGACGAUGGCUAUCACAUUUUCCCGCCAAAAUGACGUUGGUUCGCACGCGUGGACAAAUCUCGUUCUCGUGAUCUUCCUUGUCUUAGUAGAGAGCUUUAGAUUCCAGGACCAGUACGACUACGAGUACGAUAUUUUCUCAAUACUAAGUAGUGCUGGCGCGCUAUUCAGCGUCAUUUUGGCGGGAAAACGUGGUAGCCGUUGUCACUCUACUACGAGUUUUAGCGCGAAUGUAAGUGAAUGCAAAUAUAUAAGUCAAAUCUCAUAAUCGUUGUCGUCCUCGUCCUCGAAUCUAAAGGUCUCUAAUUAGAAUAUAAAGUUCUCUAUUUAUUCUUUGGGUAACCUUCAUAUUUAAAAUAGUCAUUCAGAGUAUCUCAUAAAAUCCUCGGACCUAAGCUUUUGGCAUUGUUUGAGCGUAUUGGUACCAGUUAUUUUUUUUAAAGAUAAAUUUUUGUAUAGGUCCGUGUGAAGGAAUGUUAAACUGCAAUAAGUGAAGAGGGUCUCAAUGGGGUGGUGGCUUUUACGGUUAUCGGCUAAAAUUUUGGUUUUUACGGCUAUCGCUUAAUUUUUUGCAGUUACGGUUAACAAAAAAGUUAAAAAUUAACUUCUUUUGGUUCAAAAAGUUAAAUAUUAAUUAACCUGUAUUUUUUUGUAUCUUUAAAUCAAAAGAAAGGUCUUCGGAUCAUCUCGGAAUGAAAUAAGCUAUUCUUUUGAAAGAUUUUAAUAUUUGAUAGAUCAUACUUUUUAUAAAGUAUUCUUACACAUAGAAAUGUCAAUAGUCAAUUUAAAAAUAAUCUUUGCAUUGUGAAAAAGCAAAAGCAGACACGCGAACGCCCAACUCAAGGCCAGAGCGCGACAUUCAUUAUAACACUAACAGUCCGGGCCACAACCAGAUCUGGAUAUGUAAUUUCCUGCGAUGUGAUUGGUCCAGACCGCAACCAAAACAUUGAUUUGACCGCGAAAGCCAAGUUCGACAGCAAAGAGCGCUAAGGCUGGGAUGUUCCUUGAAGAAAAGUGACAGCAUGUAAUACCAAACCGAUUAAUCGAGAUGUUUUUAUGCGUCUUAGCGUUCGAUUUACAAAUAUCAAGAUGAUAAUGAUCGAGGAAGGUUUCUAUAAAAACGCCUGGACUCCUGAUAUCAAGAGACCCGAAGCAACUCGACGACACCGAUCGAAAGGGAAGAGUCAGUGAAGAGUAGGGAAUUUGAAUACUUAAAGAUCAAAGUCUGCAAAGUUCCAGCUCUGUAUUACGGCCCGAAGAAUAAUAAUUUUCGGGCGAACUGCACCGGGCCAUAUUUGUUCUUUGUUUUUUUCUUUUUCUAAAUCCGGACGCAGAAAUAAUGCUAAAUCUGCUUUUCAAUACACUGUUAACAAUAACACCACAUAAUACGCAAAAAAGAAGAAGAAGAAAAGAAAGAACAACGUAUGGAUUCUGUAGUUUGCGAAAUGAAAAUCUGUAGUUGUAGGAAAAAUGGGGGACUACUCGUAGUCUAUUCUCGUUGCGUCUACUCGGAUAUUCUAAACAGAAAAUUUCCCCAAAAAAGCUGUUUCGCCCAGAAAAGUUUAACUUAAGCUCAAGCGCUCAAGUUAAGCCCUGUCGGUCGGGGUUACGAACUGGAUGGGUGACCCACCGCGAAGAUCGUCUUAAAGGUCCAUACGUUGUUCUUUCUUUUCUUCUUCUUCUUCUUCUUUUUUGCGUAUUAUGUGGUGUUACUGUUAACAGGGUAUUGAAAAGCAGAUUUAGCAUUAUUUCUGCGUCCGGAUUUAGAAAAAGAAAAAAACAAAGAACAAAUAUGGCCCGGUGCAGUUCGCCCGAAAAUUAUUAUUCUUCGGCCCGUAAUACAGAGCUGGAACUUCGAACUGCAGACUUUGAUCUAUAUAUCGGCGGGAAAACCGGCAAACUAAGAAAUCUGGGUUUUCGACAGUGUAAAACGAUCGUAAUGCCUCUGAUUCCAAUCUCCUAUUCCUCUGUCUAUUGUUGUCGGCGUUGCCUUCGCUGUGCUACGCGAUGUUCCUUCUGCUCCGCGGUUUCUUGUUGACGUCUUCUCCUUCGUUGUUCACGCUGAAUUUGAAGUCGGCAUUCUCCAGAGGAUUUUCAUUUCGCAAACUACAGAUUCUCAUUUCGCAAACUACAGAUUUUCAUUUCGCAAACUACAGACUCUCAUUUCGCAAACUACAGAUUUUCAUUUCGCAAACUACAGACUCUCAUUUCGCAAACUACAGAUUUUCAUUUCGCAAACUACAGACUCUCAUUUCGCAAACUACAGUUUUACAUUUCGUUUCGUUUCGUUUCGAUUCGCUCCAUUUCGUUUCGCAAACUACAGUAAGUCGAUUUACUGUGGUUUUUGUAUCUGGUCUGAAGGAUUUUCCCUCUAAUGCAAGAGCAUUUUCUGUGACCUCAGUUUUUCAAGCGUAAAGCAUUUCAUUACGGCUGAAUAAGGGUUCUAAUUUUCUCCAAAGUGCCUUUUGGAUCUGAAUAACUAAGCGAUUUUUGUUAGUCCGUGAAUGUAAAUAGAAAUGUUUUUUUUUUGCAGUGUUCUAUCACGCUGGGCUCAGCUCAUGAGUUUUCUUUGCAGGAUGUUAUUUAUUAUCACGGAUAGUGAUUUACAGAUACAAAAUUAUAAGAAUUAAGUGCACCUUCAACUGAAGCUGCAUCAACUAUGGAGAAAUGUAUUGUGACUCAGUAGACUCCAGCUUGGUGUUUUUCUAUAAAUACGAGUCUUCUGUCUGGAGCGCGUAUUCGCUUCCUUGAUUAUGAUAGCUUUUGAAUAAGCUUAACAGUGUUUGAACUGCUUUUGUUAUUGCCACUUUGUGAUCAGGCAAGACCAUGGAUACGAUUCUCCACGAACAAACCGGCGGCAUCUUUUUGCCAAAAAAACAAGGGGCUUUUGCUUUUCCAUCCGACUGCAAGAUAACAUAAAGUAAACAUGGCGUUACAAUGAAGACCAGCACGUGAACGGCGCAACUGACUGUUGCAUCUUCCAAAGCACAGCACUAUUUGACACCAAAAAGACCACCAUCAACAAGCAAAUUUUGUGUAGAUUUCAAAAAAAUUUUUUCAAGGAUCAGAGAAUUGAAACUCACCUUCUUUUUUUAGAUGUUUUGCGCCUUGUCCGGCAUUUCUUUGAGCUGAAAAACCCUCGUGUUCGGUCGUUUUACCUCCCACAAACGCACAAACGUUCAUCGGACGGCAUUUUUUCUUCACACCCCUGAUUUCUCAUUGUCUAAAGUCACGGCUCUCAAAGUUGUAUGGGGAAAAGACACUUCUAGGCGCAGCAAAGAGCGUGGAAGUGACCUUCCCUCAAGUUUCUCGGCGUGGACGCCAUUUUGCAAAUGUGGGUGACGUCAUCAUAUAUCCAGAUCUGGUUGUGGCCCGGACUGACUAAUGGCCGUUUUCACACUAGAGACGGAUUAUUCGUGUGAGACGGAUUAUCCGUUUGAUGAUUCGCCGUGUCAGAUAGGUAGUACGUCUUAAUUUGAAAAUGAAAUAGUUUCAAUUUUGAAUGAACAAUCCGCCUGACUUUUGAAGACGGGAUUUUCCGUUCCAGAUAGCCUGUGUACAGCCGCCCCCUCCCCUCAGGAAAAGUCGGAGAAGGGGUGUCUGUGGGGAGGGCGCGACUGUACUGUGACUAGUCAGACGAAUAAUCCAUUUCUAGCUCUAGUGUGAAAACGUCCAAUAACAAAAUUACCGAGUCCAGUGUUUUUAAUGAUAGCAAAGGACCGUACGGAACGACUGUCUGCCGUUGCCUUGUCCGUAGGCCUAAUUAUUCCGCGCGGCUAAUGCUUUUCGGGUCACGUGGUCCGAGCGAGUUCGCCACCGAAACGCCUUGACCGAGAUUGCGUGGGAAGACGCCGUACAGGGAUUAGGCAUGGCAAUGUCUACCGUAGAGUCAGAGAAAAACAGGGAAAUGUUGUUUAUCGGCAGCGUGUUUUACAAACAGUGACAUCUCUGCGUGUUGUUUCACUAGUGUUUCGAGAGCACGACCUCCUGAAAAUCGCAAAUAUUAAUCCCCAGCAAGAAGCCACACUUUCGCUGUGGAUAUAGUUCCCCGAGAGAGCGGCGGAAAUGGAGCCUAGGUCUUGGUCAACACCUAAAAGGCGCUUCGCCUAACGUACGUACGAAAUCACACUAGCCGGGAAAUAAAAAACGCAACCAUAUGUGAGUUUAGUACCUUCAUUAAACGUAGCAAAUCUAGGGAACAGUUUCUUUUACGGUUAACUCUUUUUUACCCUAUUUACGGCUGACGGUUAAAAUUUUUCAAUUUUUACGGCUAUCGACUAAAUUUUUGGCCGUUUUACGCCUAUCGGUUAACCUCAUUGAGACCCUCAGUGAAGAACUCUCGUGGCCAGAAAUACCAACGCCACAAACCAAAUCCACUGAACAAAUGAAGAUUAUUUUAUUUGAUUCAGUGAAGUGCGUGGCCAAAAUCUGCGUGGUAAAUAAAAAUUACAUGUUGCUACAACCGAAAAUUUGACAUAAAGAAACAGCAAAACUGCGACAAAGCGAGAACUGUACAUGUGAAACACACUUACAUUGUUACGGCCAAGGAAAACUGCUGUGUUAGCGGACUGCGUAAAACGCGAAGAAACGUAGAAAAGCACUAAAGAGAACUGCGCUUAGCGCAGACUAAAACAAAACUGAACAUCGUGCUGAGGAACUGCGGUGUAAAAUACGGUUGAAUCAUGGUGAAUGAUGGUUGAAUGUGCAGAAAACAAAAGUGACGAAAAGACUCUAAUGAAGAUGAAAAAGAUACGAAGAGACGCUAACGAAGGCGUGUGAAAUGACACAAAGGACUAAACACCUAAACUGGAGUAAAGAAACUAAAAAAAAAAGGAUAAAAUGAACUACAAUGAACAAAGCUUCAUUAAACGUACGGAAAAAUAAAGAAAAAAAUUCUGAAAAAUUGUUACACUUUGAUCUAAAAGAGUGUGACACGAAAAUGACGUCAUCGCACACUGCACCUUUAAACUUGCACUUACCUGCAGCCACACAUGUGCACCUGCAAAUUAAAGCCUCCGUAUGCCCCUUGUUUCUUUAGUUCUAAUUAAGUAAACUUAUAACGUUUGUAACAGAGCACGUUAUGUACCAUAAAACGAUGCUACAAGGCUGAAUCAGCAGACAUCCAUAUUGCAAAGUAUGUACCAGUGCGCGUCAACAACGAGGCAGCAUAAAAUUUCUCCAAUAAGGGCCAUAAAGGAUUUGUUCGCGCAACGACGAUCUGGUUUGUAAAGCAAGGAUAUCGUAAUUCUCCUUUCCCAACAAGCAGAUUCAACAGAUCUUGGCAGAGUAAUGUAGACAACAUACGAAAAAUGGUUCCUUAAGGUUGAAAACCUGAGUCUCUCUACCCAUUAUUUCGUUCAGCUAUCGAAAAACAACAACAAAAACACCAACAAACAAACAAACAGACAAACAAACAUUAGGAAUAUUUGGGCACGUGAUUAAAUAAUUGUUUUUCAGUCCUAGCUAAAUGUGACUGCUGGCGCAGCCGGUCUAAAAGUCCGAGCGAGGGUAAUUGGGGAUACUCUCAUUAUCCCAGUGGCAGUGGAAACGUUGACGCAAUCGAUUUCCAGGCAAAUCGUGACGUCAUUUUGUCAGGGUACCGUCUGUGGGGAGUCAAGAGCGGUUCAACUAGUUUCCAGGUCACCAUUCGCUUGUACCGUGGAAGCAACUUGAUCGCAGAAAAGACUGGGUCCUAUGCUACCAGUUUCAGUGUCAAGACAUUUGAGGUGCAUUUUUCCCAAGUGAUUUCGAUCCGCGCUGGUGUCACAUACACUGCAACAACAAGAAUAGUUACAAGUAAACUCUCUUUUGUCCACGGGGAUGGCGUGGCAAGUGCCUCGUGUUCUGGUGUCACCGUAACCUUCAAGACUUCCUCAAAAAACUCAAAUGGUUCUAGCCGGUCUAAAGGUCAAAUACCAGCUUUAAUUUUCCGUUCCUCUCAGUGCUAAAAGGGAAAUAGCCGUGUAGGAAAGGAGGGCAAGGUCGCAGGUGUAGAGCAGGUGGAAAUAACAAUCGAGAGGUCAGUGACCACUCUAUAGCUAGCAACCUUUGUAGGCCAAGCAAACCUGUAAAAUAUUCGACGAAAAGCAAAUUGUUUCACGAUGUACCGCACCCUUACAUCGAAAGUGAAUGACGCAAAAACCUGAACCUUUUCAUUUAAUACAGGGACAAAUGACGUCACAAAUUGAUGAGUGGUUCAUUACACUUUGUUAAGACUCUCCAAGGUUAAAAACACGCCAAGCUGUGGCCGAAACCGCUUAAUAGAGGUUUAAUUUCCCAUUCUUUUCUACAAUUAUUUCGGAACUUGAUUACCGGCCCCUUAGUAGACGGUGGCCGUUUAAGAGGUAGACGCGGAUCCACACCGGUUUCCAGCAUUUUACGGAAAUCGGACAGAUUUUUCAUAAUAAAUUUAGAUCUGUUUUUUUGAAAACCGGGCUACCAAAAUAUGCCAGUGUCUCGCACUGAUUGGUAAUUUAAUGCCCCUUUUUACUGGCAAGUUAUUAAUAAAUCUCACCUUAAAAAGAAAUUUCAUCAACCCCCCCCCUGGAAUUUAAUCAGGCUACCCCAAAUGCAUACCAGAUGAUAGCCCUGUGUCUGUGUAACAACAUGACACUUAGCUUGACGGAAGCACCCCUCAAAAAUAUUAGCUGGCCCAACGGGGCAACAGGCCGGCCCGUAGGGCAUUUUUUCUGGAUUUUUCACUGAUUUCUGUAAAUUCUAGGAAAUUAUUUGGAGCCCAUGAUUAAGAGCUGAGGGUGGUUAGUACUAAAGAGGGAGAUUUUUAUUUUUGUACUAAAAGCAUCCCGACUUUAAGCAAAUUAUGAUUUGAAAGAUUUCCUGAAAUGUGCUGGACUUGACUUAAAAGAUUUCAGGCAACCCCUGCGGUUUCCAAAACUCCAGGUAGAUUUAUUUUUAAUAAAAAGACUUUCCAAGUUGAAAUCUGGUUACUGGUUUAGCAGCAUCUAGGAAGCCAAUAAAUUUUGAGUCGGAGAAAACUCUCCAAAUUUUUCGCUCCCUAAAUACCACUGGUUUGGACAAUAAUAAUCCGCUGGGUGGGCCAGGCCUAUUUUUUUUUAGAGAAAAGGGGUGGGCCAAAAGAGAAUUUCACGAUGAUUGGGGGUGGGUCAUUGUGUGUGUUUUGUAAAGAAUCACACUCACUACAAUUCAUGUGGAAGAUCUAAAUAAAUUCUAAUGCAAUGCUGGACAUAAAAUAUAACACAACUGGAUGUCACAUGUAGCAAUCCAGCCUAAGUAUGGAGAAUCAAAGAUGUGGGCACUAAAUAUCAAUAAAUAAACAUAAGCCCUAUUGAGAAGGCUUGCAUGCUUCCUUUUCUUAAUAUAACUGUCUGGGAACUUUUACUACCUGAAGUGUGAACAGCUAGAAAUCGUUAUUGGUUUCAAUAAUGGAUUAUUGAAUUCCUUAUUCAAUUUAGCGAAAUCAAAUUUUUCCAAUUUUCAAAUCAAAAACAGUUUGAAAAUUAGUUUUUUAAUUGAAUUACCAUUUUUUGUUUAAUGACUUCAAUAAAAAAGCAAAUUUUUUAAAACUGGUUUUGAUUUGAUUAUUGCCAAACAUAUUUUUUCAAUAAUCGAUUAAUGAAAUCAAUAAUGAUGUCUACGUGUUCAUGCUUCAGGUAGCUUGACUGUAGAAGUAUAGAUUGAAGGGGGUUGGGGGUGGGUCACCUCUUAUAUAAAGUUAUAUGGGGGUGGGUCAAGAAUUAACUAAUGGGCUUAAAGGGGUGGGUCACGUUUUUUCUUUGAUGCUAAAACAAAAAAAAUCCCCCCCCACCCUCCCACAUAAAUAAUGACCGGUUCCUAAACAAAGCUUUUUAAAUCUCCCGAGACAAAAUGGCCGCCGCGUGACAAAGGUCUAUUGUAUGUAGAUAUAUUGUAUACUAGGUUUGUCUUUUAACAAAUCGACCACAAUUUUCCAUGGUCUUCACUUUUUUAUUAAAAACUGAAUAAUUGGAUAAUGCAAUUCUAGCAUUUUGAUUGGCUUAGCUGUUAUGGUAUAUGAGCUAUUAUACCAUGCUCUCCAUAUAUGGUCGGUGUACGCGUCAGUUUAAAAUUGGAAGCUAGCUGAGAUUUUCUUUCGCGAAGGAUAGAGCGGCGCCCGAAGCAAAUCGUUUUAAUUCUUUUCUUAGAAUACUAGAAAUGCAAUUUCAUCGAAACAAAAAAGACAAAAACAAACAAAAAAGCCACAAGAGCUUGUUUGAAAGUUUGUCGAAAAACACAUGAAAAGACAUGGAACUAAAGUACCUUGACCAGCCACGAAAGAAGACAAGUGUUGUUUCUUCAUGAUCGCGAAGCCAUUCGCCGAUCGAGUCACUCGCCGAUAGAUAACUGCGGCUUGUUUAUCCGACAUCAAGAAUAUAAAUUACAAGUAACCAGCUACAAAUACAGGAUAUGCAGCCAUUCACUAGAGCAAUCGAGGCGGCAGUAUAGCUCCUUUUCUCGUUCAGCAAAACCAGCUUGUGGCUUCAAACCACUUCAUAACAAGCGACCGAGGUAAUAGUUUUUCUCCGUUGUUCUUACGUUUAAAACUGCACCGAAAAUUCAAAUUCACAGUAAUUUCGACUGCUGUCACUUAAAAAUUCUUUUCCUUCACAUUAUCUGCCAGGUUUUUUUUAGCUGUUCUGCUGUGUAAAAUCCUAGAAUCCCGAUGAGUUUUUAAAAAACUAAUGCUCAUCGCUACAAUGUUUUGAUUUUUACUUCGGCGGAGCGCGAAGUAAAGGAAUUGCGACGCUCAGGAAUGUUUCAAAGUUGCAAUUUUUUUACCAAGAUUGGGCAAGCAAAGUUUCAAGGUUUUCGGUUCUAUUCGGCUAUUUGACGAAGUGAGAGCCGAAUUAGUUCGAGAUAUCUCAAGAUCACUUCGAUUUCUUUGAUUUGUUCUUUAACUUUUUCGAGGAAGAAAGAAUUAUUAUUUUGGCUUUCCCGGGGUUUGAACCGACUCACCUGUGUGACCCGUCAGAUCAGAGGAGACUCUAAGUUGGGGGAUUAGCCGAUUGCGCUACUGCGACCCAAGGUAGUUUGGAAUGUGAAAAAUAGUUAUGAAAUGAUGCACUAGUUUCGGGACAAGAUUGGGCGUGCAAGUUCGUGACUUUUCGGCUUGUUUCAACUAUUUCACGAAAUGAGACCGGACUACUUCGUGAUAUCUUCGAGUUUAGUCUUUAAUUACUCGAGGAAUAAAUAGUGGAUAUUUCGUGGCCGCGCAGAGACACGAAAUUUCUCUUCGAGUGUUAAAAAACAUUUCACGAGUGAGCCCUCAUUUCACGAGUGACUUUCUCGAACGUUCUCUACGUUUUUGGAUUAUGCAUGAAUAAUUAAUUAGGGCAUGUUUACAUUUCAGCAUGAGUCAGCAGAUUUGCAUCAGUUACUGAAAUCAUAAAAUAUGUCGAAAAGCUACUAUUAUUCGCCUGUUUAGUAUUUUCUAGAACCUUAUGUCAAACGGUAUACAAGUUCCAAACAAGUUCUUUUGACGAACUAAGUUUUUUCCCACGAGCUGGACUGCUGUGUUUAGUCAAGUGUGACGAAGGUCGAUUUUCAGGUUCUGUGUUUACAAGUUCGCGAAAGCCGUAAGAUAUCUGAAGUUCAAGCGAGAGUUUGAUAUUACUGGUAGAGGCUGUUUAGUUUUACUCAAAGUUCAAGUCAAGUUUGUGUUGGUGGAUGCUGUGUUUUAAAGCUCUGUGAAGGCUAUGUUCCUUGCGUGUUAAACUUUCUUGUGUUAAUCCGACAUCCCUGCGUGCUGAUAGUCAGUGAAUAAUUAUCCUCAAAACAUUCGAACUCGUGACUUUGAGUUUUAGCCAGUUCCAUGCUCAAAGUAAUUGACUCCUUACUUAUGCCUUACAUAUCUUUAAUCAGUACAUGAGACUGUUAUGCUCUUUUUGAAGCCUGAUGUGACUAAGAAAAAUGGAGAAUUGUUUUUUUUUUUAAGAAGGAUUUGUAUGGAGUCAUCAAAGCAUAACUGGGCUAAUAUCUCGGAGACAAUUUGUCCCGAAAUGCUAGUUUUUGGCAAGUAGGCCUCUUGGAUGUUGCUCUUUUCAGAAUAUCCUGACAAAUCCCAUAAUUUCACAGAUUAACACCUUACUCUUACCAUAUUUGACUUCUUACUAUUCCUCCGAAUUAACAAUUAAUUAGUUCCACACCCACGACGCCGAAGUGUACUCUCCGCAGCGUCUUGUUCAUUCAUGCAGUCCAGGCGAAUCCGUUCGUGCGUUGACAGUUUUGAUAGACGUGUGACAUGUGAAUAGCGGAAGUCCCUUGUCUUUUCCGGUUUGUUCUAGUCGGGGAGAUCCAAGGAGAUUUUGUGGGCUUUUUUAAUAAAACAAUUAUUCCACUCGCGCUUGUUGGAUAUGAGAUGAUUAUAGCCAACUCGGCGCUACGCGCCUCGUUGGCAAUCUAUCAUCUCAUAUCCAACGCACCCUCGUGGACUAAUUGUUAAAUAGACCAUAGAAAUGACGUCAUAAAAUGUUCAAAACUCAAGUGGAACCAACAGCCGCAGGGGAGUGGUUUCACUGCAAAGUUUUGGACAUUUUAUGGCGUCAUUUCUAUGGUCCAUAAGAGUGUAGACCACGGAAAAUUGUGGUCGAUUUGUUUUUUACAAAGACAUUUAUUUUUAGUUUCCUGCGAAGUUUCUCGGGAAAUCACUCGCGAAGCGACGUUUUUCUUGUUGUUUUUCAUAUUUUUGCUCUACCUUUGCAACUUCAAGCACUAACUCACUGUCAAAAAUUUCUCCCCAUAUGUUAAAACUUGGUUCUUCUUUGACCAUGUUGAGGAGUAAAAUUAUUUUUACGAAAAACCAAAAACAAAACAACCUGCACUGCUUGACAUGUUAUGUCAUUUCCAUGGUCUAUAUAUACUCUCAUAGACCAUAGCUCUUGACCAAUCAGCGUGCGAGGAUUUGCUCAGUUAUUGUAAAAUUGGCAUUGGAACAUAAUUAGAGCAUUAUAUAAUAAUAUGCGUCACUAUUUUCUUACUUAACUCUUUGGCGUUUUAAUAGAUGAUAAAGAAGAAUGAAAGAAAAUAAAGCGCAAAUAAAACAAAACGAAAAUUACUGUUAAAAACCGUCUGAUAUAUUUAUAUAUAGAGUAAAAUAUUAUGCAGUGCCCAAGCAGGUAAGUCCUUCAACGAAACAGGUGAUUUGAUAAAGUUAAGUUGUUCAGACACUAUAAUUAACAAAAGGCUUUGUUGGUUUACAGUCAGUUACACAAUGCUAAAAAAAUUAAAAGUCUAGGAACCGCAACCAACAUUUUUGUGUGGAAUCCAACUUAGAAAGAGUUAUAAGUAAUUCAUAAAUUGUGAGAGUUGUUCGAACGAGCUAAACUUGCUGUUUUGGCUCACUGGACGAAAAAAUGAAUUUGCUCAAAUUUAUUUGUUCUGAGCAAUUAUGUUGCUAAAAUGUAAAUACUGAGGAGUAAAUCUAGGUAAAGCUAGUAAAUGCCACAUUUGUAUACUUAAAAACAAAAUCUUCCGAUCGAAAAUCCAUCCAAAAGGCCCGGAGCUAGCCCUCGAAGAAAAUUAAAAUCCCACAGUUUUUGAACCGUCAAAAUGCGUUGCAAGAUUCAUACGUGCCAGUCAGAAAACGCCCUGCUGAUUGCCUCUUUUUAAUUGGAUGUCGUUAACCAUGCAAAGUGUUCAAUAAUAACUGAUUUAAAAAAGAACUUGUAAGCGUUUAUUGUUUAACGACAUCCAAUUAAAAAGAGGCAAUCAGCGAAUCGGUUUCUGACUGGCACGUAUGAAUCUUGCUACGCAUUUUGACAGUUCAAAAACUGUGGGAUUUUAAUUUUCUUGGAGGGCUAGCUCCGGGCCUUUUGGAUGCAUUUUCGAUCGGAAGGUACUAGAAGAAGCGUGAAUCUUUCGACGUUUUUGCUCCCUCCGGCGCUGGAGCCCUUUCAAAACAAGGAUUCCUCCCUUGUCCUUCUAUUAUUAGGAAUAGUAAACGGCGAACUCAAACUCCUUCAAAAUCGCUCAAAAAAGCGCUUUUGACGGAGGCAAAAGGACGACGAUAUACCACAGGUAACUGUAAUUCAACGUUUAUUUAACAUUGAUUUAUAUACAUACACCGUAAUUAUUAGGGAGUUAUUAUAACUCCAAAAAUGGAGUAAAAAUUUUAGGUACAGGAUAACUCCUUUUUGGGGGUUAUUUUGACUCCUGAAAAAGAGUUCUUUAAACUCCUUUUUGGAGUUAAAAUAACUCCACUGUAAGGAGUUAAUUUAACCCCACUAGAGGAGUUAUUAUAACUCCUUGAAAAUUACUGUGUACUUAGCGAUAUAUGGUUAUAGGUGCAGCAAACGGUAAAUCCAGUACAUUUACAAUAAGAUAACAAUCGGUUACACACACAUAUUGUGGGCGCCCUGUGAUACUAGAGUUAAGUAGCCAUGUCAAGGAUUCACAGGAGAAUGCACCAAAUUGCACUGAUAUGCAUUCAGAUCUCAGUUUUUAUUUAUUUCAUUCUGCAGUUCAUUUUCCAUAUAAAGAACGUUAUAGCCUCCCUCUCAGACUACUUAGGACGCCGUUAAAUCUUCUUUUCCCACAAACGACGUUCGUAAGGGAGGAAGUCGUGACGAAGCGCUAAGAACGUGUGACCGGAAGUCUUGAACAUUACCAGUCAGAUUAAUUCUACUGUCAUGCAUCCUCUAUUGUAAGCCCUUAUGAUCCCUUUACGCGUGCAGCCAUGGCAGAUGUUUUAAUUAAGAAUUUCCAAAAAAAAGGACCGUCCAGAUAAACUACUUUUCCUGAUAAGUUGAUAAGCCUCUAAACUGAUAAGGUGCCUAAUUAAUCCAGACAAUUUAGUUUUGAAAGUCUUCAUGCACCUUUUAAGAGCCACCUUUUAAAUCCGUUUUAGUUUAGCUCAUGAGCGCUCAAUGCAGAAAAAAGGGUUUUCUGAGCCAAAAAUAAUAAAAAAGUUCAUAAAAUGAGCGUUAAAAUUCCAGCUAGUAGCAAAAACUCCCGUUGGUAUUUUUUAUGAUAAUGGGUGAUUAUGUCCUUAGUCAAAUAACCACCCGGGUUUUUUGUAGCAGCCGACAUUUUGCGACGCCACCACUGGUUUCCCUGCGAAAUGAAGGCUGAGAAUCCAUACUGAUGACGUGGUAGUACUUCUAAUUGGUUGAAGCAAAUAUUCAACGCGGCAUGACCAAUCAGAACCACUACCUACAUCUGGGUAGUAACGCGUAAUCUGGAUGGAAUUUCUAUGCUCGUUUCUCAGACGUCAUUUCCCGGGGAAACCAAUCUUUUGGUGGCGUCGCAAAAUGUCUCCUGUUUUCUCAGGGUGGUAAUUUUUUAUACAACGAAGGGGAGUUAGAAGGGUAUAAUUAGGUAGGACACUUUUUCAGCGACUUUGAAAGCAAACAGCUAAGGUUCGUGAGUCAGGUUUUUGGUUUUCUUUCCUCUUUUUUUUUCAUGGAAAAUUUGCAAUACAGCUGUAUAUACAGUUUGUUUAUGAUCAUGAAACUCUUUACAAUACAAUAAUUUUUAUUACUUAAACCAAAGGGCUAUUCUGAAGUGAAUUUACAAAUGCUAAAAAGAAGGGGAUAAGAAUAAAAGCUCAAAUUAAUUACAAUCUUGGUACAAAUAUGAAAGCCUAAACUAUGCUCGUACAAUUACGUUAUCUCUUUGGAGAUCUAAACUAAAUCAAAUAUUAACUAUUUAACGCAUGGGGUCUGCACCCGCAAUUCGCGUUUGACGCUCCUCUUAAAGGUACAUAGUGACGGGCUAUUUCUAGUGUCUGCGGUCAGAGAGUUCCAGGCACUUACAGCGCGAUAGUAAAAUGACCGUUGCGCGGUAACUGUUCUGCAUAGAGGGAGAUUUAGAUUGUCCCUUUUCCUCGUGUUGUAGUGGUGUGUAUCUGAUCGCUUACUGAGUUUACUACUCAGGUACAACGGGGCGAGGCCAUUAACAGUUUUGUAUACUUGUGCAGUAUCACGGACUAAUAGCUGAUCUUUGAUGGGGGGCCACCCUAACUGCCGAAGAACAGGCGAGAUGUGAUCAAACUUUUUGGUGUCUGUGUAUACGCGGGCGGCGAAGUUUUGCACUAAUUGUAACUUCUCUAGAUUUUGCUUGAGGUGCCUUGCCAGACAGUGGAACAGUAAAAACUUUUUUCUAAAAAUAAGAGAAUUCAAAAUAGUUGACAAGACAGGUUUAGUAAACAGGUGUCUGACCCUACUAAUCUGACAUAACACGGACAGGAGAGACGAUGUUAACGUGUUUACAUGAUGAUAAAAGUUGAGGUAUGAGUCCGCCAAUGUAAUGCCUCAGAAGUCUUUAACUGAGGAGACCGGAGUGAGUUCUUGGUGGAGGAAAGGUACUCUGAUGUCUGAUACCUUGCUUAGGAACUGCCUUGUCCCGAAAAAAAUGAGUUUGGUUCUGCUUGGAUUUAUCAGUAAUUGGUAUGAGCAACACCACCCAGCAAUGGGACGUAGGUCUUCCGUCAUUUUUACAAGGCAAGAAUUCAUGUUUUUAGCCGAAAAGGAGCAGUAGAUCUUAGUAUCAUCAACGUAGGAGUCGGUAAAGCUGGACUUAACUGCGGAGGGUAGAUCAUUUAUAUAUAAGUUGAACAACAUCGCACCUAAGAUAGAGUUUUGAGGCACGCCAUGUGUUAUCGUAAGCUCAUCAGAUAGAGAGGUGUCUAAUCGAGUAGACUGCUUGCGGUCCGUGAGGUAAAUCUCGAACCAUUUAUUUGACUUGAUGUGCUUAGGCUGCGUAGUUUGAGAAGAAGUGUACUGUGGCAAAUACUGCCGAAGGCCUCGCUGAGGUCUAUAAGGACCAUAGCCGUCAAUUGCUGUCGGUCUAUAUAUAGUCCUGAAGAUAUGAUCAGAAACCCAAAGGCUCAGAGUUUCCGUGAAAUGGUCCUUGCGGUUCCCACUCUGAUGUUGAGCGAGUUUGUCUUGCUUAGUCAGGAAGUCAUUAAAUUGAAUCAAGGCAAUUUUCUCAGCCACUUUAUAAAGGACAGGAAGCAACUAGAUCGGCCGGUUGUUAUUGAGGUCCCCAAUAACGACUCGAUUUCUUAGGUAGUGCGCGCCGAAUAGUUUCCCAAAUUGCCCCGGUGUUGUUCUUAUUUGGGCAGAUUUGCUCAUUGGAAUAUUAUUUUUCUUUAAAACAUAGGAAAAGGCUACAAGUGACAGGACACCAAAAAUAAAAAGAAUGAGGCUACAAGUGACAGGCCGCACCAAAAAAGAAUGAGUACGCGUUUUAAACAAAUACUUUUCUCUACUUUAGCGGGGAGUUCCAGACAUGACUACACGAAUCGUCUUCCGCUGAUCUCAGGUGUUGCUCUCCUGGUCUACAGCGCAAUAACUCAAAAAAGUCCUGCAAGUGGAAGAUCCGAGAGCUCCAUCUUUGGCUGGAUGUUUCGGGCACACGCAUAAGACUCUCGUCUAGCGGAACUUCCGUUUACAUGCGUAUUCAAGUGUCGAGAAGACAAUCGAUGCCAAAGUUUUAACUGGGUAAUCUCUCUUCUCACCUGCGAGUUUAACAACAGGACAAAAGAAGCUAAGCUGGAGGACUUCAUUACAAACCCAGAGAGAUAUUACUAUCCACGCUAUUUAAAGCGAGGUGAGCCAGUAUACCAAGGAGGGGGAGGGGUGGGGGGGACAUAAAAUAAUCGACAGAGGGGUUGAACGGGUGUGCAAUUUAAUCAACACUAACUAGCGCCGAGACUGCACUUAACGAGUGUUUUUGUGUUAAGUGAACCUGUUUUGUCUUCUUGGUUUGCAACAGGCAAAUAACGUAAAUCUGGAACCCUUCGUUAGCUUAAUAAGUACAGGAUUUUGGCUGUUUGAGUAACGCUGCAGUCACAUCCCUGUCAGAAAGUUAGGCGAAGGGCGUGUAGUUUCUAUUGUUAAUUUGUUCCAAAAUUAAUGAUUGUAAAUUGUAAACUGAAGGCGUUAAAGUAGGUGAAAGAAAAAAAAAUUAAAAUUGCCCUUUUUACCUUUGAAUGCAAAUUGCAAGAAAUUUGGAGUAUUCUGAAACGUGGUUAAGACUCUAACAACACAGUAGUGAAGAAGUUGUGAAUAUGUUUUAAAUAAUUCCAGCGGAAAAGUGGAAGAUUUUAGACUAACGACAUAAAUAAAUGAAAAGUGGCAGGACAACAGUUUGAGAAGUACACCUCUUUAAUUUCAGUUGGUAUAAAAACAACAACAACAACAACAACAACAACAAUAACGGUACAUGGUUGUCCUUCGUAUAAGUCACGUUUUCCUUUCUGUGGUAGCAAUCCGGUGUCACAGUGAUAUCGCCAUCCCCGCGUUUUUGACAUCCCCAUUCCCAAAACCCUAGUAAUAUGGGCAUCCCUUUCUCGUAUUACCUGAGGGAUUUGGGUUAGUGUUCAACAGGGGAUGUCUAUAUCACUAGGGUGCUGGGAAUGGAGAUGACCAUAUCACUGUGACAUCAACACUUAAGAAGUGAGAAGGAAACUGUGCCGAGUUAACUUUCGUAAAGGCUUCUGGGACUGUUACUUGGGAACUUAAGCAAAGGCGUUCUUGAUUCCUGAGGGGUGGCUUUGCGCAAAUGUUCGGUUAAUUUUAUAUUCGUCUCUACAAGUGUAAGGAAACUAAGCAAUACAAAUUUUAGAGGGAAAAGUCGUCACUUCCGGUUGAAGUGCGUCUCUCAAAAACGGCUUUGCUUAAUAACCGCUCGGUGUGGCACCAGUAACGAUCCCAGAAAUAAUUGCGGGACAAUUUCGGCACCAGUGCCUUUCCUAUUUCUAAAUUGGCGAAAGCGUGACAACACAUGUAACGCAAGGUUAACUAUUACCAGAAUGUGGGGAAACUGUUUAUACUAAUGGUAUUUUCUAAACUAUUAUAUUGAUUCUCACUAUGUCACGUUUCUGCUUUAUCAGUCACAUUCUUUGUUCUCUUGUGAAUUAACUCUCACAGUUUUGUUAAAAUUAAAUCACAGUAAUCAACUGCCUUAUCUGUGUCUGCUUUAAUUGAGCGUUAUACUGACGUUAGUUCAGGGUCAGUUUCUUGUUAAACACUCUUUUUGAAAGCGUUUUGCCAAUUGCAGCAAACCUCUUCCUGUAUUCCCCAUUCCAGUGGCCUGCGGGGAGCAGACGCUUUUUUAGGCUCUUGUUUCACCGGCCGAGACUGAAUAACUACAAGCUUCCGGGGAAAUAGAUGCAAGCUUUCGGCGCAACGAUUUUUAGAGGAUCUUUGGGAAAGCAUUUAGAAAGCUUGCCGCAUUGAUCAGACUGAUACCACCAACAUUUUCCAAGAGUCGUCAUCCUAAGCAGCCAACGGUCUUUUCAAGCCUCGCCUGUGAGCGAUAUUCUUCUCAUUGACAAUUGCUGUGCACGAGUGUUCUUUUCAACCCUUUAAUCCUUGUGUAACAAAGAUACCCAAGUAAUGUAUACCGUGUUUAUCUGGGCUGGAAUUUACAGGAUCAAAUUAUUCUGGAAACUUUCUACUGACUUUCGUUUUCCUGUGUGUCUGACACUAGCCGCUGACGGCAAACGAUUGUUAAGUUGCACUGAAAAUGGCUUCGGUUGACUCUUCGAAGUCCCAUCGCUUCGUUGAUUUUCUCCCGUCAAUUAGGCCAUCUUUUCUUUCAUUGGUGGUACUUUUUGCUUGCGGGUGUCUCUGGAUGAAGAAUGAAACAACCAAUGAGCGACUAAGAGCAUUGGAAUCGCGCAUCAACAUGUCUCCAUUGGAAGUUCUUGUUAAGACUGGCUGCUCGGCGAAGGAUAACGAUGUCAGAACGACGCUUAAUCCAAAAGAAAAAUCUGCGAAGAAUCUCUUAAAGAAACUUCAAAGACCGGUUGAUGAAGUGAAGUUGAAAGAUACCUCAGGUAUACUUUUCUGACGCUCGGUUGGGAGGGAAGGGGUGGGUAGAAGGCGGUAGUUCCUUGCAUAAACUGUAUAAGGAUGCACGGGGCCAAUUUUUUUAAUGUUUUUUUUUUUUUUAAGUUUUGUGCUUGCUGGAACCAGGGCUUGAAAUUUAGUACGUUCUCUAUUAUAGGCUCCUGGAAGUGCAUCAGAAUUAAACAGCCCGAGGGUCUGAAACAGGGUCACUGGGAAUCAGGGUUUUUGGACUAUUAUGUCUCAUCCGCCUAACUUUUUCAGAAGUACCCCACGAAAUAAGCUUAUCAUAUUAUAUGUGAUCGAGUUCAGUGACCUUGUAUUGAAAUCUCAAAAUUGAUUUACUCAGUAUUUCAUUUGAGACAGUAUAGCUCUAUCAAAAUUUAUACUACAAAUGCUACAAACACCAAAUUCGCCUAAUUUAGUUCCACAAAUUGCAAAAGGAACGAUAUCAAAAACGCGAAUUACUGAUUCCAAAGAAAAUCUUAUGCCACACGGUACUGAAUCACUGCUGAUUGCAAGCUGAUCUGACCGCCGAGUCGGUACAGACGGACACAGUCCUCCAUACGGCACAAACGUUUUUAACACAAAAUAUAUGGUUAAUUACAAAUGUUUAUAGGCGAUAUAUACGGGGGAUGCUGAACUUUUCCUCUGAUGACAGCAGACCACUCAUCAAGUGCACAGUAUGCUUUACUACAUAAUCGAAUUAGACAAAGUUAUCAGAUCAGGUUUACAUAAACAUUGUACUGUGAGAAACCUCAAACGGAUACUAUGAUGAUAAAGGACAGGGCUAAAGCAACAAGAACAAGGGCGCACGCAACUCAAAACAGCCUUGACCAGCCGCUGUGCGUAGGGACGGACAAUUAGAAAAGUUAUGGGGGGGAAGGUGAUUAAUUUUCCAGCCGCAGGAAUUUUUUUUCGUUAUGAAAUUCCUUGUAUGAUGUUUUCUUUAGGCCUUGGCAUGGAUAUUUUUUAGGAUUAAUCGGCGUGCAUGAAUUAUUUUUCAUUUAAUUUUCCUUUCCGCGAAUAUUUUUUUUUCUACUUCGCCCGCCCCCCUCCCCCCGAUAAGUUUUCUAAUGGUCCGUCCCUUACCGAAGCAAACCCUAUGUUACCACUAGUUACGAAAUUAAUCCAUGAGAGACUCAUGAUUUUUGGGUCAGCAACCCAAGUAACAGAGUCAAGAUACGCAAGUCAUUAAAAUACGCACUAAUAUAAUUCAAUGUUUUAUUGUCAUCCCCUUAGAAAUGAAUUCUCCCUUAGCAUUAGAUGAGUCAGGGGAAUCAAGAACAAAAGCAAAGCCAAGAAACCGGAGACAAGUGUUGAACGUCACUUCAGCUGGCGUCAGUAUACAUGACGUGCGAAAAGAAAUCAGCAAACAGUUUGAACAACUUAUGCCCACCAAGUACUGUAAAUCAAAUGAGAAAGUAUGCCCUGUAGGUCCCCCCGGACUCCCUGGUCCCACUGGGGUAAGGGGACCACGUGGCAGGAGGGGGCCAAAAGGAAAGAAAGGUCCUCAAGGUCUUAAGGGACGACCUGGUAAAUCUGGACAAAGAGGGAUGACAGGUCCUGCCGGACUAAGAGGGGAAAAGGGAGACAAGGGUGAACCUGGGCCCAAAGCCGUUCAGGGACCACCCGGAAGUCCUGGAAAAACAGGAAUGACCGGAUUCACAGGACCGAGAGGAGACAAGGGAGACAAGGGAGGGCCUGGGCCAAAGGGUAUGCCAGGACCACCUGGAAGAACUGGAAAAACAGGAAUGACCGCAUUAACAGGACCGAGAGGAGACAAGGGAGACAAGGGAGGGCCUGGGCCAAAGGGUAUGCCAGGGCCACCUGGAAUAACUGGAAAAAGAGGAAUGACCGGAUUAACAGGACCGACAGGAGACAAGGGAGACAAGGGAGGGCCUGGGACAAAAGGCAUGCCGGGACCACCUGGAAGGCCUGGAGAAUCGAUAUCUACUCCUCAACUGAUUGUAUCGCCUACAGAUCAGACUAAAGAUGAAAGAUCAAAUUCGGUGAUUUAUUGCACGGUCAAAGGAAAUCCUACUCCUAGUGUCGAAUGGCGAUUCAAGAGCUUGAAGCUUCAUUCGGGUGCAAAAUAUUUAGUUAAAGAAGGAGAACUGGUCGUGAGGAAUCUAAAUUACGGCGAUGCUGGGCAGUACACUUGUGUCGCGAGAAAUAUUCUUGGAACCUUUGAGGCGUCUGGUAAUUUGAAGGUUCGAGGUAAAAAGAACAAUAAGCUUUACUAAAUUGAAACUCUUUUGCAAGGCCGCUGAUGAGUCAUCAGAAUUUUAUCUUACCAACGUCAGGGGUGGGCCAUUGCAUUAUUGUUACAUUGCUUGAGGGAGUAUGAAGUCCGGGGUGGUCACUAUAAAAAGGGUGGUGUGUGACAUGAGAGGCUAAGGCUACAAAAAAAUUCUGACCUGGAGAGAUUCUAAUCUUGUACAUUACUUAUCACUGCCUGCCAGGAAGCAAUUAAUGUUAAUGAACUCUUUCAUCUCGCAGUAUCUAGUUUCACUUUCCCGGAGUGCGUGAUGAACGUAAGCAACGGUUAGAAUUUAACCCUGGUAUGAGAUCCAUCAGAACGUGGCUCAAACCUAGGGGGGUACUCCGGAUUUCAAGUGACAGGGAUGAUCGAAUGGGCGCAAAAAUCAAAACCCUAAAAAAGGUAUAAAAGUUUCCAGAGGAACUACGCGUGCGCUGCCGCAUGAGAGGCGGGAACUAUCACGAAUCCUCAGAUUGUUUUGAAUACCCGAAAAAAUCACUACUUAAAUCAAGCUACCCAAAAAAUAGUUGCCAAAAUCUUCCUACAAAAAAUCCCGAAAUCGGAAAUUUCAAACCCCCCAAGAAACCUUAGAUCGUAUCUGUCACUUGAAGUGCGGAGUACCUCCCCCCCCCCCGAGCUCAAGCUUUAUUUGUCAAGUCAGUCAGUGAAAUAAGAGAUUUUAGGAAUAUUUGUUACAACGAAGGUGCUGUCAUUGAAUGAUUUGUUUUUUUUUUCCUCCCGCUUCUCUACUCUUAUCAUUUUUCCUUCAGGAACCGAUUUAUCUGCUCCUUUCUUUCUAUACCUUUGAUCUAAUAAUACAGUCUAUCAUUACCUAGCGAGGGAGGGGGCCUUAUUGACUUUAUCCCCUUGAAAAGGGAGGGGAGGCUUAUUAUACGAUUUACGGUAUUUGUUCAUACACCACCCUAAGCUACACCCUGUAUAGAUAAAAAUGUUGACGUUCCGUGCUAAACACACUGGAUGAUACCAGAAUCUGCAAUUUACAUACAAAACGACGAGUAUCCCCGCCCCCUUGAUAUGGUUCUUUAGUUCAACUUGUCAGACUGGUGAGAGUCGUGAAACUAGUCAGCUGGCAUAUAUCGCACCAUUAUUCGUACGAGUUGCACCACUUGAAUGUCAUUUUUACGACUUACACAUGUGGUGUGUACUGGACACGAGAAAACUCACGUAGAUAUUUCUCUUCAAGUGAGUACCGGCCAUUCUGUGUAGUUUCAAUUGGAAGACCGGUAAAAACUAUAGCUUUUUCGAGCCACAUAUCAUAUUGAUUCUUUGUGUCUUAGGUCUUCCAAUCUUUACCAAAAAACCCUCAUCAUUGGUCUCAAAAAUGGAAUUCUCUCAAAUACAAGAAACCUGCCAGGCAGAAGGGUAUCCACCUCCCAGGCUGACCUGGAUCAGACUUGUUAUGCCUUUACCUGCUGGAAAGACCGAAGUUAAGGAAGGUAAACUAACUAUCAGAAAUUUACGACCCGUGGACAGCGGUUUGUACCAAUGCGUUGCAACAAACAGCUUAGGAGCCAAGAAGGCCACGAUGAACUUGGUUGUGACAGCAGGUUUGUACAGCGCACGUUAUGCCGACCUUAUAUAUCAUGACAAGAACCAUGAUUCUACUGAAAGAUUAGCACUUCGCCAUGUUUAGACAGAAAAAUAAGACUUUAAAGUUUACACUUGCAAAACUGAAAUUAACUGGUGUAUUUAACAGUCUAAGAUGCCCUAAAUUUGCUCUACUGAGUCUCCAGGUGUGUAUACAACUGUAGUUGCAGGUGUGUAGUUGUAGCAUAGUAUCCGAUGACGUCAUUUUUGACCUGCAGGUGCAGGUGUGCGGCAUUGUUCCUAAUGACGUCAUUUUUGUCUCACACCUUCAUACCUGGAGAAACUAAACUCUUACUCUAAAAGGCAAGCAGGAUGACUUUAACAGAUUUCUCGAGUUUUUGUGCUAAAACGCUCGGCCGUUUGGCUUAUAGAGUCGUAUCUCAAGAGAGGAGAACAAUACUGAGUAAUGACCUGAUUUUCAAGGUUUUUUCGUUAUUUCCCCAGCAUUGUAAACGACUUAACGCUUACCCUUCACUCUCGUCCCGCGCUCCGUUUCUGACGCCUCGAGAUGUGUGUUAUUAAAGAGCUUUAGAUUCGAGGACGAGGACGACAUUUAAUUUUAAGUUUUCUUGCCUAUUCUCUAAAAAUAGACACCCCGGACAGCUUCAUUGUGCUUUUUUUUUCACCAAAAAGUUUUUAACUUAUUUCCGUUAAAGGAGGUAUAGCCCUCUCCCGAUCGCUAAAUGAUAAAAUUCCUAACAUUCGAUAACUUGCUUUCGAAUUCGCCACUAAGGCAUUCUCGCUAAAACUCGGAGUAGAAAUGACGACGGCUAUCACAUUUUCCCGCCAAAAUGACGUUGGUUCGCAAGCGAAAGCAUAGGCGGGCGUCUUUGAUCCACUCCGUACGUUCUUCUAGGGGUUUUGCUGAGAACGCUUUUGCUGAGAACGCUCUACACUCCUGUACAUCGUGUCUGUCUCUUUUGUGAUAAGGGCAAUGUUUAGUCUUAGUUCCUUUUUUUUCAGGGACCUCUCUCUUUUUAUCUCUGGUUCUGUCCUUUCCGGCCGUGGGCUGAGUCUCCGUUUUACGCGUUUUCUUUUCUUUGCGUGGCUUAAGCGCUGAAACCUAAGUGGGGUUGGCUGCUUUACCGGCUAGAACGUUUGGAUCGUUCUUUAUCCUCGCUUGCUCCCGCACUAUUUUAGAAAAUCUUGAGAAAGGAGCAUACGCUCCCCCAUUGCUGUUCGAGUAUUUCUUUCUCCCAUUUGGUGCGGAUAAACUGCGGUAACUUCUCGUUUAUUGGUUGCAUGGCAUUAGGGUUAUUGAGGCACGCAAGUCCGGGAAGAUUAGUCACUUGACUCUCAAUGUCUGCGCAAAGAUCUGCAAACUGUUGCAGAUUUUAAAGAAAAGACGCCAUUUAGUUAAGAGUUUGUUUACGUUUCAAUUGACAGUGUUUCGGGUAUCAUUUUUCAUGGUUUUGAAGCAAAUUCAGUCAGAAGUUUUUUUCUACAGACCAGUAAACAGCAACAAGUCAAAUUUUGUCUCUUUCUUGGUAUUUGUUGGUGCAGCUGCUUCUUUUACCGCUAAAAUUUCAUUUUUCGAAACUGUCGCGAAACGAGAAGCCAUUUUAAUAUGAUCUCGCCCCAAAACAGUGAAUAUCCAAGGAAAUUCCAAGUUACGGGAGCCAAUCAGAACGCGCGAAAAUUGCUAUCCAAUUUCAUUUUUCGAAACUGUCGCGAAACGAGAAGCCAUUUUAAUAUGAUCUCGCCCCAAAACAGUGAAUAUCCAAGGAAAUUCCAAGUUAUGGGAGCCAAUCAGAACGCGCGAAAAUUGCUAUCCACUGAUUUGGUGAAUACUAAAGAAGCUUAAAGAUAUAUAUUCUUCUGCACGACUAGUUUUGAGCCAAUCAGUUUGUUUAUUAAACGCUUCAAUUGACAGUGUCUCGGGUAUCAUUUUUUCUGAUUUUGUCGCAAAUUCAGUAAGAAUUAUUUUUCUACUGGCCAGUAAACACCGACAAGCCAAUUACAAUUUGCCAAGUACAAUUUUCUGCGACAUUUUUGCUGCCUACAUUUUUUGAUGUGGCUAUUUUAUGGUGAACAACCCCGAUAAUGCCGGUGCCUUUGAUGUGUAUUGUUUGCCAAUCACAUACGGUAGGCCAUGUUUGCGAAAAAUUAUCCUUAGGAUUCCUUCUAGGUGGGCUUUUAAGGAAAGCAAUAUUUACUAGGCAGAGCAAGUUCUUCAUUCAAUUUACUCCUAAAAGUAUUUUUUUUUGUUUUGUUUUUGUUUUGUUUUCUCUUUUGUCGCUUUUUACUUGUAUUUAAUUUUGUUGUUUGCGGAGGUCACGGGUUCGAAUCCCGUUGAAGCCCUGAUUUUUUUUUUUUUUCAGGCUUCUUCUUUCCAAUUGCUUAAAUUGGAAAAUUUACUGCGAUGAUCAUUUUUCACUUUCAUUUAAUUUGUUGUUUGUUAAAAUAAAUAGAUCAAUGAAUAAAUUAAAAAAAUAAAUAAAUAAACGUAUUUUCCAACAUUACUUUAAUUUCAGCUUACAAAAACUGUGCCGAUUAUUACAAAGCAGGUCAACGAAUAAGCGGUGUUUACCGCGUCACCCCCGAUAAUGCCAGUGCCUUUGAUGUGUAUUGUGACCAAACAACAGCAGGUGGGGCGUGGACAGUGUUUCAGAAAAGACUUGACGGCUCAGUUGACUUCGAUCGCGUUUGGAAUGACUACAAACAAGGCUUCGGGAGUCUAAGCGGGGAAUUUUGGCUUGGACUGGAUAAGGUUCACCGUCUGACGAAAAAACGAAACAAGCUUCGGGUGGAACUCGAAGACUUUAACGGGCAAACAGCUUACGCUGAGUACGACUUGUUUGGCGUUGCUGACGAAGGAAAUAAAUACAGGCUGACUCUUGGAACGUAUGCAGGUUAGUGCUUUGAGGGGAGUAGACAGGAUGGGGGCACCUCCAUAAAGCAAAUCUUGAUUAAGUCAGUACAUUGACGGGAAGCAAAAGUUUACCUUUAACUUACAAUGUCAUGCAUACGAGAUUGUGACAACGGGUCGAUUCAUUGAACGUGCAGAAGGCGCGAAGUCAUCGUUAAGUCCAGUUAAAUCCUCUCCUCAUACGGAUAUCGCCAUGGCACGUUUCUCUCUUCAGCCCAAUAUGCAGACAUUUGACACCUUGCAGUGCUAGAAAUCCAGGUUUGCGCCCCCUUACUAUCUGGAGUUGUUUCUCGCCCAGGUGGAGGAAGGGGGGGGGUGGUGGGUACUCAACAAAUGUUUAUACGAGUCCAACCACUUACCCUUUUAUAUACCAUUUUUACGAAAAAGGUACCCCUUUCGUAUACCUUCUGUUGACGAAUGGUACCCCUUUCACAUACCUUGUUUAGAACGUUGCAUCCCUUAUAACUGCUGUAAAUGCACUGUCUUUUUAAUGGGAUUAAUAAUAAUAAUACGAUUUUUUUAUAUAGCGCUAUUAAUACUAAUUAUUCAUAGCGCUUUACAAUUUUAAACCUUAUAAAGGUCUCUACUAUAGUAAACAAAACCGGCGUAAAGUUCAAAAACAGCAAAUGACAGAAGGCAAGAAGCUGGCAAUUCACAAACAUGGCCGAGAAGAACUGACGAGAAACCCCGGGGGUUACUCCCUAUGAUGGCCUAUACGGAGAGGCCUAUACGGAGAGGAAAUCACAAAAAUAGAACGUUUUCUUGACUUUAUAAAGCCAUAAAAUUCAUCUGUUAGCCCUUUUUCCCUUUCACAGACCCAAAUGACAGAUUUCCCAACCCUUUCGUAUACCUGAAACCUGGAAAAAGGUGCCCCCUUCGGGCGUGGCCUAGCCCGCGACCAAGCUUUCCAUUUGGGGUAUAUUGUGAAAAGUAGUCGUCGGCCCCUCGCGGCUUCGCCGCUCGCUCGCGCGUUCUCGCACGGUACGCUUCACUCGCCCAAAUAGGAGAGCUUGCUUGCAGGCUAGGCGUAUGUGGCCUCUCCGUAUAGGCCAUCAUAGGGAGUAACCCCCGGGGUUUCUCGACAGUUCUUCUCGGCGAUGUUUGUGAAUUGCCAGCUUCUUGCCUUCUGCCAUUUGCUGUUUUUGAACUUUACGCCGGUUUUGUUUAGAUAGUAGAGACCUUUAGCAUCAGGUUUUUCACGGGAAACUGCAAACCGCAAACCGCAAAAUGUCACGUGACCACGGCCUUGAGGUCACGUUUGCAGUUUGCAGUUCACGUUUGAACCGCGGGAAGGGCUUCCAGGGGUAAGUGAUUGAUGGCAAGGUUUUUUGCCACAAAAAAUUUGUACAGCCUCGCGUUUAAAGGUAUGAACUAGGAUUUUAUAUCCUUUUGCGAUGUGUUUGUUACAUUUUUGAUCUCGAAUCAAUUAUUUGUUGCUGAUUUUUGGGCGAUUAAAGUGAUGCACUGCCGACUUGAUGAAAACAUCAUGGCGGCCCUAAACAAUGAACGCUUAGUUGAAAUCAAUUUUAUAGAACUCUUUUCUGUCGUAAUAACAAAGGAAAGUACUCUGUUCCAAUCCAGAGUUAUAUUUUUUUUCUAUCUUGUUACUGAAUUCACAGCCUUACAAUUCCUAUAUCUAUUCUUGUAUUGUAUUAUAUUUUGGGUAAAGAAAAAUGAACUGAACUGAACGCAUUGCUAAAGUUUGAAAUCUUGGCAACGCGAAACUGCAAACGAGUAACUGCGGUUUGCGGUUUGCCUGAUGCUAAAGGUCUCUACCUUCAAGAGCUACACUUUAAAUCCGAGGUUAUAUAAAGGUGAUGUACUAUGCGUGAUGUGAUGUGAUUACAUGUUUGUGAUCGAUUAUUUGUGAAUGGAGAUCAGCUAAGUGCCCAUCCACUAUAAACAGUGGUUAUAUUUUACAUUUCUAUUAAAAUUUUUGUUUGUUUCUAUAUUCCUGACUUCAUUAAUUUGCUGUGAUUAAUUCAAUUUUUCUCCUUAAAACUUGGGAGUUACUUUAACGUGGACCAGAGAGAUAAUGGGGUUGAGGCCUUGUUUCCAUUUUCAAUUUCCCGUUAACUCUCCUGUUCGUUGCCCGUUCCCCGUUUUAAAUACGUCCUUGAAAACUUCAUGCACCAAUUUUUAACUUUUACUUUAACCUUAUCUCUAAUUUUCCCAAAAGAAGAAAGUAUUUUUAGUGACACCCAUUUUUUUUGAAAUAAUAUGAUGCCGCUCUUUAUUUAUCUUUAUAGGAACUGCCGGCGAUUCAUUUUCGUAUCAUAAUGGUAUGGCGUUCUCCACCAAAGAUCAAGGCAAUGAUCUGACCAGUGAUAAAGGCUAUUGUGCCCCGCGUUAUAAGGGAGGCUGGUGGUUCAAAAAUUGUCACUAUGCUUUUCUAAAUGGCUUUUAUUAUAAAGGCUCACACUCCAACCCUUGGGAAGGUGUGAUGUGGAAUCAGUGGAAGGGUGACAGUUACUCCGCUAAACGUGCUGAGAUGAAAAUCAAACCUGUUAACGUUUAAGAAACGGUUGUCAAGUUUAUUCUUAUUAAACUUUGGAUGUGAUAUCCCUUUAAUAUGUCAUUGCGGUGUAAAAAGAAACACAUUUUGGAUCAAAGGAAAGUUUACAUUUUCUCCAUUUUGUUAACUACAGUGUACCUUCAAAACUUCUUUUUCUUUUACAACUGUAUAAGUUCCUGUUUGUCUUUUUUGUGUCGACCAGAGAAAACGUAGUAAUGCUAUGAAUUCAAUAAAAGCAAAAUGAAAUAAAAUGCGAAACAGUUUUAAACUAUUUGGUCUCAAUCUCCACUUCCAUGGAGUAUAACCUUGGAAGGUUAUACUCGAAAACUAAUAUUAGCGUUCGAUGAAGGAGAACGCUUACUAUUCGUGUACCGUACACGAAUAGUAACCAUUCUGCAUGCCAUGCGAUAUGGUUGUGCCUAAAUCAACACCGCGGCAGAACGUCUACGCAUGCGCCAGGUUGAGAAUUUCCGGUCACUUUUUCAGUCACACUUUCUAGUCCGAUCAAAGACUCCCCCGCGCGCUCGGCUUCAUUCUCUGUGCAGCUUGAGGUUCAGUUCCUCUGCUUCAUGCUGCUCGUGUGUUUGACUCCUUUGUAGUUAUUGAAACAAAAAAUAGCUUUUAUGGAUAACCAGGCAGAUCACUGAAACAAUUAGUCGAUUAGAUUCAGAAAAGGUAAGUUGAUAAUAACUUGAAUAAUUUUGGCUACUACUCUGAUUUUCUUUCACGAAAACAAAGUUUUUGACUUCCAUUUUUCACUUAACCUGGCUGAAACUAAGACAAGAUAAAAAGUUAUCAUUGGAAGCUUGUGUAUUGUAGUUCUAAUUCUCGGUUCUUCGAUUCCUCAUUCUUAAUUCUUACCAAUGUCUUUUAAAGUGAAGGAAUGGGAAGUGUUUUACGUUUCCAAGAAUAGGGGAGAACUCAGUAACGCAUUCAAAGUUUGGAGGGAACUGAGGCCAGCUUGGCUAUCUCCAAGCGGAUCUUGUCAGCCCACUAAAGCCACAUCACAUAAGUACAGUAAACGGAGAAGUAAAACAGUCUGUAGAAUAAUUUAAAUGAAUCACACUACAGCCAAUAAAAUCGAUAUAAAUCAUGAAAAUCAAAGAAAAUCGAAAUCACUCAAGACUGCGGAUUUGAUUUUAAUUGAUUUUCAAUAUCAAUCAAUUAAUUGCUAUUGAUUUUUAUUGACUAUUAUUGGUAUUAUUGAUUACUGAUUUUGAUUGAAUGUUAUCGUCUGGUAGUACAAUAUACAAGCAUUUGCGGUACUUACAGUCGAGGCCCCUGUGUGUCCUGUCAUGAUUGACUGUUCCUCGAGAUCAGCAAUGACGAGAUCAUUUUCGCUAUUCCCCUCUUUAUCUAACAUGGUAUCCGAUUCUUCACUCUCCUCUUCACUGCCCAACAACUCACUUCCGUUGUCUGGACUUUGAUGAUGAUGAUGAUGAUGAUGAUAAUAAUAAUAAUGAUAGUGAUAAUGGGAAAUUUUAUAGCGAUCGGACAAGGAAAAAAUCACUUUUAAGGCUUGGCUUGCAAGGACCCAUCUGUUAUAACCAUGCCCAAAAUAAAGAGAUAAAUCUCAUAGUUUAUUAGAUAUAAUCCGUGUAAAGUUUGCUUAUCAUUUUCGCAUAAAUUAUGACCUAAAUUUGGAAACCGCUGAAUUUCUCGAAUUGGGUCUUUGCGAUUUUGGUGAAACUCUGUUCAGCGCAAGGCACUAAUGCGCACUAUGUUUAGCCGAGAGAUUUUCACGAAAAAAUGCCGGUAACAGCAGAUUUUCGACUCAGACCUCAAAGGGGCGUGGCAUUAUAGCCACGUGACAUUUACUCCGAUCGCCAAAACUUUUAUGUUAUAUUGUAGAUUGAUCUAUAUGUUAUUCAUUCUAUGUGUUAGACUUACGAUAAAAGUAAAGGUGGGGAUGCCAGAGAGCUUCAAAGUAGGAUGGUAUCCCCCCCCCCCCCAAAAAAAACUGGGUCGAGUCACCUUAAGACGAUUGAAAAAUAUCGGUAUGGCCUCUGAAAAACUGUAUCGAAACCGGCCUUAAGCCUAGCGACGUUCUUGUAAUGCGUUUUCUGGAGCUCAUUCUCGUCCUACAAUCUUUCGCCCACUCAGCAAAUUUUAAAAAAGAAAAAAAUGGACGAAAUGAGUAGAAGCCGAUUACACCAUGGAAGAACAAGAUUGGCAGACCAAAUUUGCAUUGAUUUAAUCGACAGCAGAAAUGAAACUAAAAUUGUACAAGAUUUUGACAACUGCCCAGUUGAGGAAAAUGGUCGAAAAAUCGUAAUCAUAGAUUCGAAAUUCGGCAGCACAAAAUCUUAAGACAUAAAUUUCGCAUAUUUGGAGAGAACCUGUGCGAAUACAUGAUGAACUUCAGGAAAAAAUUUACGGGAAAAAAAUGAAUCAGCCAUAGAUGAUAACAACCGAUAAGAGCAGGAUGACUUGACAUAAUGAAAAUACCAACAACAACAACGAAGGAGCGAACGAUUUAGCACCGGGCAUGUGAAUAAGAUUGGAAGAGUCGCUAAGGAAAUCUAUGCAGAUAAUUGUUGGCUUCCACAUUAGAACUAAGCAACUGCUAACUAAAGGUAGUAGCUUAGAUUGAAGAAACAUGGCUUCACACUUGUUGAAGUGUAUUACUUACAGAACAACUCUCGUGGCCAGAAAUACAAUAGCACAAUAAAGUACAGAGAACAAAACUGACGAAACUAAAAAAGGCGCUAAUAAAAAUGAAAAAGCGUACAAAGAGACGCUAACGAAGGGGCGAAAAAUGACACAAAGAACUAAACACCUAAACUCGCGUAAAGAAACUAUAAAAAAAAAAAAAAAUUGAUAAAAAGAACUAACGCACGAAAAAAGGCAAAAAAAGAAUUCCGAAAAAUUGUUAUACUUUGAUCUAAAAGAACGUGACACGAAAAUGACUUCAUCGCACACUGCACCUCUAAACUUGUUGCACUUACACCUGCAGUCACACCUGUGCACCGGCAGAUUAAAGCCUCCGUAUGCCUUCUAAUUAAGUGAGCUUUUAAGGUUUGUAACAGAGCACGUUAUGUACCAUAAAACGAAUAAUACGAUGCUACAAGGCUGAAUCAGCAGACAUCCAUCUUGCAAAGUAGGUACCGGUGCGUGUCAACAACGAGGAAGCAUAAAAUUACUCCAAUAAGGGCCAUAAAGGAUUUGUUCGCGCAACGACGAUCUGGUUUGUAAAGUAAGGAUAUCGUGCUCCAUCACUCCCAGUGAGCAGAUUACAUUCAACAGACUUUGGCAGAGUAAUUUAGACAACGUACAAAAAAUGGUUCCUUAAGGGUGAAAAACCUGAGUCUCUCUACCCUUUCUUUCGUUCAGCUAUCGAAAAAACAACAACACUGAACAACAACAACACCAACAAACAAACAAACAUUAGGAAUAGUUGGGCACACGAUUAAAUAGUUUUUUUUUUCUUUCUAGCUAACUGUAACUGCUGGCGCAGCCGUUCCAGAAGUCCUAGCAUGGGCUGGGGAUACUCUUCUGAUCCUAGUGGCAGUGGAAGCGUUGACGCGAUCGAUUUCCAGACAAAUGGUGACGUCAUUUUGUCAGGGUACCGACUGUGGGGAGUCAAAAGCGGUUCAACUACCUUCCCGGUCACGAUUCGUUUGUACGGUGGAAGCAACUUGAUCGCAGAAAAGACUGGGUCCUAUGCUACCAGUUCCAGUGUCAAGACAUUUGAGGUGCAUUUUUCCCAAGUGAUUUCGAUCCGCGCUGGUGUCACAUACACUGCAACGGCAAGAAUAGUUACAAGUGUUUUAUCUUUUGCUCACUCGGAUGGCGUGGCAAGUGCCUCGUGUUCUGGUGUCACAGUAACCUUCAAGAGUUCCUCAAAAGACUCGAAUGCUUCUAGGUCGUAUCAGGGUCAAAUACCAGCUUUGAUUUUCCGUUCCUCUCAAUGCUAA